CAUCGCCACUGAGCCCCAGUUGCGCUAGCAAGCUAGCACUCGCACUCGCAUUCGCACCUAGACACCAACUCACCACCACCUCGACCAUGGACGACAUAGGCGUUCAAGUGGUCAAUGUCGUCGGGAGCUUCAUGCUCGCCGCCGCGCUCCAGGCCGCCGGCGUCCCUGCCCCCUUCCUGACUCUCGUGAUCGGGAGCUAUCAGGUCGUGCCGUCCAUCACCUACACUACCCAGCAACUCGGCGACGUCGCCGUCCUCAGCAUCCUCAACUCUACCUACACCACUACUGCCACACCGACCAUCCCGCUUGCCGCCGUCAACACCACCAACUUCACGGCCCUUGCUCAAAAGCUCCCCGCAUCGUCCAUCAACCUCGACUUCUUCAUCAUCGAGCGCUUCUUCGACAAGUCCGCGCUCGAAACUGCCAUUUUGCGAAAGCAGCAGAGCCGGCUCUCGAAGCUAGUGGCCCAGGAGGCGCGCGCUGCGUGGAGCGUCGUCGAGGAUUCCACCUCCACCGUUCCGAGCACACCCGCCGCCCUUCAGGCCCUUCCCAUCGGCGCCGCCGAGCUCAUCCUGCUCGUCAUCUCGGUUAUUGUUAUUGCCUCCGCCGUCGUCUACGUCCGCCUAUCUCGCCGCGAAAGUGGGCGCGCGAACGCCGACGAGCCCCAGAAUGGGCUCGCCACUCGCCACUCGAACGCGGAGGUUGAGAUUGAUUGCGGCGCCCCGCCGGCAGUGCCGACAUCCACCGUCGAUGAUGAGCGCGUCCUCGACGACGUCGCCUCUUCCCACGUCGAGCGUGACGGUGGGCUCGAGACUUCCCCUCAACCUGAUCAACCGCCACAAAUCGCCUCCGCCGUCGAAGACCUCCGAUCCGUGACUGAACGUACUCCUCAACCUAUCCCUGAAGUUGCCUCCUUCGACGACGACACGAACCCUUCCAACCAGCCCGACAGUUCUUCCCCCUCCCGCACUGCCUCCCCGACGCCUGUCGACAAGUACGUCCUGCAACCGCUGACUUUUGAUACGCUCAUGCUAACGAAUAUGCAGCGAGUCUACCGGCGAUAACUAUGACGAGGUCACCCUCGAAGACACCUUUAUCUCCUCCCCUACCCCGCAAGAUCUCCCCUCCCCUCUCGAUGCCGUCAACGGAUCAGUCACCUCUGACGAGCGUGUACUCUCGGACGACG